CAUUUUGUCCCAUCCUGCCAUCACCUGAUUUUUGUUUAUUAUUCUAACUUCUAUAUACUAAAGCUCUGGACAGCAUGAAAUCCACGGCAAAAACAAGCUGAAAUUUUAUCUAUUAGAUCAAGGAUUUCUGGACAGUGAUGGACAUGUACGAGGAACUGUGCAAGUCUCCGUGCAAGGGUGACUGCACCGAGUGCGUGCCCCUGCUGAGCGUGCAGGAGGUGCUCGAUUGGCGGCCGGACGAGCGGCCGUGGCCGCUGCGGCCGCUGUCGCCGAGGACUGCGUGCAGCAGCGUCGGCACGUCGCACCUCUGCCACCAGACGCAGUGGCGGCCGACCAAGCUGCUCGACAGGCGCACCGUGCCCAGAACGCUCGUCUGCCACGACAUGAAGGGCGGAUACCUCGACGACAGGUUUGUGUAUGGAAGUGAUAAGCAUGCUGACUACCGGUUCUUCCACUGGGCUGGCGUGGACAUUUUUGUCUACUUCAGCCACAAGUUCGUGACGAUUGCGCCUCCAGUUUGGGUCAACGCGGCGCACCUCCACGGUGUCUUAAUCCUAGGUACGGUGAUAACCGAGUGGGACUCUGGAAAGAAACUGUUGGAAGAGGUGCUUCACGGCUUGAAAGAGCGGCGGUCGCAGUUCGUAAACCAGCUGGUGAGCAUGUGCAAGCACUACGGCAUGGACGGCUGGCUGAUAAACGUGGAGAACACGGUGGAGCCGAAAGACGUGGCCGUGCUCAAAGAGCUGCUUCAGGAGCUGACGGAGGCGAUGCACCGCGAGAUCAGCCACUCGCAGGUGAUCUGGUACGACAGCGUGACCAGGGACGGCGGCCUCAAGUGGCAGAACGAGCUCAACGCCGAGAACAAGCUGUUCUUUGACGUCUGCGACGGCAUCUUCCUCAACUACGUGUGGAAGGAGGACGGACUGGCCAGGAGCGUCCGGCAGGCCGAGGUCAGGGCCCUCGACGUCUACGUCGGGGUUGAUGUCUUCGGACGCAACUGCUACGGCGGCGGCGGAUUUAACACCAGUGCCGCGGUUGAGAAGGCGAGAGCCCAGGGCCUGUCAGUGGCCUUAUUCGCGCAGGGCUGGGUGCACGAGUGCUGGGCGCUGGAGAACUUCACGCCGCUCGAAUACACUUUCUGGCGCAAACUGUGGCCGCUGCUGCACGUCCACGGACCGUCCGGCCUGCCCUUUGACACGUCCUUCUGCCAGGGAUACGGCGAGAGAAAGUACAAACGCGGAAAGGUGGAAAGCCAGCAGCCGUGGCACAACCUGAGCCUGCAGAUGCCGCAGCCGUGUUUGCCGAUUUGCGUGGAGGACGCGUCGCAACUGCCGAAGGGCGACGCCGUGAGCAAGGAGAAGGUGACCACCAAGUUCAGCGGCUGCGUGCAGCACUGGCCCAAGGACGCCUACCACGGCGGCGGCUGUCUCCGCCUCCAGCGCCCGACCAACAUCGAGGUCUUCGGCCAACGCAUCUACCACAAGUUGUUCUUCUGCUCGUUCCACGUGGGUGAGCAGGACGAGCUGAGCAUUUCUUACGCCAUCAAAAGUAGUCAAGAGGGAAAAGAGGCGCCCAAGGAUCUCGCUCUCGGCUUGCUCUUCCUCGAUGCUGCCGGAGGAGGUUAUCGAGACGAGUAUUUCGGCUCUGAAACUAAAGGAAUGAAUGAGUUGUUGGAUGAGAAAACCGGCUGGAAACUGAGGAAUUAUGUGGUGCCGGCAAGGGGACGAAGAUACAAAAUCACCGAAAUUUGCGUCGCUUUGGACCCCAACGCGACGGACGUGCUGCUUGGCUGGCUGUCCAUCUCCUUAAAUUGAGAAUCUAUAAACAACAUUACGUGCAUCAAAGAGCCUAGCUCCUUCUCCUUGCCGUAACUCAAGUGCAAUUUAAUUACCUCGUUUGUUGACAUUAAAAAUGCAUUUACAAUAAACUUUGUUUUGAUGAAACAAAA